GUUUUGAAAAUUUUAGCUAGUUGCUGUCCCAACAAAGGCAGCCUGGAAAUGGAAGGUUGAAGCAGACAUCUUCUCCCAAUCUCUCGUCGUGUAAAUCCAACAAUUAUCUUUUGCGUCGUCCGUCCCAAGUUUGAAGGAAACUCCUCUCUCCAAUUCAGGUCACACAAUUUCUCUGUUUCAAUCUGCAACUUGCUUUUGCAAUUCCAUUUUUCUCCGCCAGAUUCCAUUCUUUCCGAUCCAUAAUCCCCUCAAAUCAAAACCUCUCAUUCCCCACCCAGAUCUUCACCAAUUUCUAUUCCCUUUCACAAUUUCUCCCCUCACAAUCCUGGAUCUUGCGCAACCUUCCUUUUGAUUUCAAGCAUAAACCCUUUUGAGGAUGAUGCAAUUGUUGGUUUUGUAGCAGAAAACCAAAGUUGUUGUUUUUUUUAUUGUAUUUUGUUUUGUGAGGUAUGAGUAGGUCUCCUUCAUUUUCAGUGAAAACGGAACUUAGUCCGAGUGUUGUUGACUCGGAAUCAUUGCAAAGAUGGGUUGUUGCUUUUUGUGCUAUAAGGUUUGAUCUCGAGCAAGGACAGCUCGUCGAAGAGUGUUACCCACAGGGAUGUCUUUCCCACGACGAAGAGCUUGAAAUCGCUUACAGUUCCUUCCCUGAUUCCGUUUCGCAGAACCAGAACAGGUCCAGCAUUCAUGAUUGUAUUUUCUUUUUCCGAAUUCGCAGGCGCAGCAGCAAUGCCAAUGGUUCUCAACCUGCCAAGGAUGCUACUGAUGAUUGUACCGAUGGGCCAGAAUACAUGUAUGGUUAUGUGUUUAACAGGCAGAGACAUGAUGAGAGGUUGAAGCGCGGCGGGGAGCAGAAGUCUGUGGUGAUCUUGUCUCGCAGUCCUUAUUCGAGUGUGUUUAGACCAUUGUUGCAAAUUGUUGGUCCUUUGUUUUUCGACAUUGGUAAGAAAGCACUGGAGCACAUUGCUGCUUAUGUUUCAAAAUGGCCGGCUCCUGUUCCUGGCAAGGUGAUGGAUCUUCCCAUUGGAAAUGCUACUCUUAAAGUGAACUUGCCACCUGCUCUUAGUUUGCCUGUAGAAAGUGGAGUUUCUUUUGAAGAGCCUGCUUCUUCUGUGGCACCUUUUCUUGCUAAUAAUAAUAACCAGUCUGUCCCACAAGGUCUUUUUCAUGAUUCAGAUCUUUUCGGCUCGUUCCGGGGCCUUCUGUUGCAGCUCUGGCUGUUAUGGGAGUUGUUGAUUGUUGGUGAGCCCAUGCUCAUCAUUGCCCCAACACCUCCCCAGUGUUGUGAGGCUGUUGCCAGUCUUGUGAGUUUGGUUGCACCAUUACUUUGCAGUCUUGACUUCCGGCCUUAUUUUACCAUACAUGACCCUGUGUUUGCACACUUAAACUCAAUUCAAGAAGGUGAAGCUUUCCCUCCAAUUAUUUUAGGGGUUACAAACCUUUUCUUCCUCAAAGCUCUCCGGAAUAUUCCGCACAUUGUCUCAGUCGGAAGCCCUCCUCCUAAUUCAAACAGGGUUGCCCUUUCAGCUAGGUCUACUGGCAGAAUUUCUGGUAGUCCUGAAGGUCUUGGGUUUCAACAAUUAUCCCUGAAGAAGUUUUCUCCUUCAAGUUUAUUGAGUGCGGUUAAGCUGCGAAGAGAUGGUCCUCUUUGUCUCAUGACAGAACAUAGGGAAGCCAUUUGGAGUACCUAUUCUGCAAUAACUAAGCCAGAUACUUCUAUCUUAAAUAGGCUUAUAGAUGCUGGGGUGUCACCAAGAGUAGAGGAGUCAAUGUCUGUUGUGAAUAAUGAGAUAUUACGUAGACACUUCUUGGAGCUCACAACAAAUUUUUUGGCACCCUUUUCCCCAUAUUUUAGGACUACAACACCAUUAGAAGGAUCUUCUCCUUAUGUAGAGCCUCCUUCCCUACCUCCAUUUAAUGCCAGUGAGUUUCUUGCAAGUUUAUCUGCAAGAGGUCCAGGGAAAUUCUUAUUAAAGCGAAUGAGGUCUAACUGGCUUGACUUAUACAGGCGAUUCCUGAAUGGACCCAACUUUAUGCCAUGGUUUCAGAGAAGGCGUGCUGCUGCCGAACAAGAACAAGAUAGAUUGUGGAGGCAAGCAAGAAUGAAAACUGACAUAGAACAGCUUAUUUCUAAAUUGUCUGAGUUGGAAAUAGUGGAUUCCUUCAAUGUUAUAGAGAGACUUCUCCUCAGAGAAGUGCAGGUGCAACAAUCUGGAAAGGGUGGUGUUGAUUCCAUGGAAAUUUGUCAGAAACUUAGGGACCUUCAGGCAGUUUUUAAUGUUCUUUCAAAGGACAUGCAACAAGUUAUGCUAUCAAAUCCCCAAAGAGCAUCCCUUCUUCAAGGAAGUCCAGAAUUAACAAAACUUCCGGGAUGUCCUCUCAUACAAGUUGCGGUGGUGUCGUCUACAUCACCGAGGUAAUGAAAACAAAUAUGAAACAACUGGUCAUGGUAUAUAGCAUCUUCCCACGUUGCUGAAGGACGGAUUAAUUCAUUGACUACUUCCAUCUCAUUGAGAGAAGUUCUCUGAUUCUUGACAAGUGAUGUGAGCUGUGCGCGGCAAUUCUUAUCGGUGCACUUCGAGCUGCUCGCGUGAUUAUAACUACUCUCUUGGUAAACAUGCAUGGAAAUUCCAUUUCAUGUUAAAUUUGUAAAAUUUUGUUGAUUGCUCUUUUCUGAAAGAUGAAGCUGUAAAUUAUUGACUGUUAGCCAUUGGUAGUGAUCUCUUCCAGAUUCACAAUACCAAAAAUUCUCAACUCA